UCUUCUUUUUCGUUCAUAAAACUUUAAAGAAAGCCAGUCAAGUAUUAAAAACCCAUCAGCCACCCAACAAAUAAAGUCAAAAUUGCCAAAGUAAUACUACUGCCACCCACUUUUUAAUUCAACAAAUGUAAUAUUUGAGAAUAGUGGCAGUGAACGAAAGAGAUGGAUAUCAGCUCCAUCGUCUAUAUCAUCAUCUUCAUCAAUAAUAUCUGCUGCAUUCGUAAUGGUGAUGACCCAGUCAGAAUAGUACCGAGCAAAAGGAGGAAUGUUUUGAUACUUUGGAGAGAGAGUUUAUAGUUUGGGUUGUGUGGUAACUAAUAAUAAGAGAUGUUUCAGAAUUCUUUUGAUGGUUUUAGCAUCCUUGGGAUGUCUUUAUCAAGAACUUUCACUUUUGGAGCUGUUUUGCUCAUGUGGCUGUGUUGGUCUCCACUACUUAUUGGAGCACAAAAUGAUGCCAUCACUGAUCCUGUCGAAGUAAGGGCAUUGCAGGAUAUCAGGAGAAGUUUGAUUGAUGUGAACAAAAAUUUGAGCAAUUGGAAUCGCGGGGAUCCCUGCACAUCGAAUUGGACAGGAGUUUUGUGCUUCAAUACAACAAAGGACGAUGGCUAUUUACAUGUUAGAGAACUGCAAUUACUUACUAUGAAUCUGUCUGGAACUUUAUCACCAUCGCUUGGUCGCUUAGCUCAUAUGGAAAUAUUAGAUUUUAUGUGGAACAAUAUAAGUGGGAGCAUACCAAAGGAGAUAGGAAAUAUAAAAUCUUUGAUACUCUUGCUUCUGAAUGGAAACCAAUUAACGGGUCCCUUGCCUGAAGAGCUUGGCUAUCUUCCAAACUUGGAUAGAAUACAGAUUGACCAGAACCAUAUAUCUGGACCAAUUCCUCCAUCAUUUGCUAACUUGAACAAAACAAAGCACUUUCACAUGAACAACAAUUCAAUUAGUGGGCAAAUCCCGCCAGAACUAUCCAGAUUACCAAGUCUUGUCCACUUCCUUCUGGACAAUAACAACUUAUCUGGGUAUCUUCCACCACAGUUCUCUGAAUUGCCAAACUUACUUAUACUUCAACUGGAUAACAACAACUUUGAUGGGGGUGCAAUUCCAGAUUCUUAUGGCAACAUGACUAAACUGUUGAAAUUGAGUCUCAGAAACUGUAGCUUGCAAGGUCCGAUCCCUGAUCUGAGCAGUAUACGAGAUCUUGGCUAUCUAGACCUCAGUUCAAACCAGCUAAAUGGAUCCAUACCUCCAGGAAGGCUUGCUGAGAAUAUUACAACUAUUGAUUUAUCCAACAACAAUCUUACUGGAAGUAUUCCUGGCAACUUUUCUGGCCUGACUCAUCUUCAGAAAUUGUCUCUUGCGAAUAAUUCUUUGAGUGGUUCCAUUCCAUCUAGCAUUUGGCAAAAUCGUACUCUGGGUGGAUCUGAAAGACUUGUCUUGGACUUUGAGAACAAUAGACUGUCAAACAUUUCUGGAAGUGCCACUAUUAGUCUCCCUCAGAAUGUCUCACUCUGGCUUCAAGGGAACCCUAUAUGCUUAAAUUCCAACCUAGACCAAUUCUGUGGAUCUCAGAAUGAGGAUCUUAACAAGCAGGGUUCAACAAACACUUCUGAUGACUGCCCUGUUCAAGCAUGCCCUUAUAUAUAUUCCCCAACAUCUCCUAUACGUUGUUUUUGUGCUGCCCCGCUUAUUGUCGGAUAUCGAUUGAAAAGCCCUGGACUAUACGAUUUUCCACCCUAUAGAGAUAUGUUCGAGAAAUAUUUGACAUCUGGUCUCAAAUUAGAACUUUAUCAGCUAUAUAUAGAGUAUUUCCAAUGGGAAGAAGGACCUAGAUUAAAAAUGCAAUUGGAGCUGUUUCCUGUCUAUGAUGCUAGCAACAAGAGUUCUCAUAUCUUUAAUACAAGUGAACUUCUACGUAUCAUGGGCAUGUUCACUGGAUGGAACAUUCCUGACAGUGAUAUAUUUGGACCUUAUGAACUUAUCUACUUCACUUUGCUGGACCCAUAUAGAAAUGUGGUUGUUACCUUACCAUCAUCAUCCGGUAUAAGCAAGGGUGCCCUGGCUGGAAUCAUACUGGGUGCCAUUGCUGGAACAGUUACAUUAUCUGCAAUUGUUUCACUUCUUAUCACGAGGAUGUAUACGAAGGAGUACCGUGCAAUUUCCAAAAGACGUCACACAUCUAAAGCCUCCAUGAAAAUUGAUGGUGUGAAGGACUUUUCUUAUUCUGAAAUGGCCCUGGCAACAAACAAUUUUAGCAGCUCCACUCAAGUUGGUCAAGGAGGAUAUGGAAAAGUUUACAAAGGCAUCCUGGCUGAUGGUACACUUGUGGCCAUCAAACGUGCCCAGGAGCAUUCUUUACAGGGUGAGAAAGAGUUCUUAACAGAAAUAGAAUUGUUGUCAAGGCUACAUCAUAGAAAUCUUGUUUCUUUGACUGGAUAUUGUGACGAAGAAGGUGAACAGAUGUUGGUUUAUGAGUUUAUGCCAAAUGGCACUCUUAGAGAUCAUCUUUCUGCUAAGUCUAAAGAACCCUUGAGUUUUGCGAUGAGAUUGAGAAUUGCCUUAGGUUCAGCGAAGGGUAUAUCAUACCUACAUACUGAAGCCAAUCCUCCAAUUUUUCACCGAGAUAUCAAGGCAAGCAACAUAUUACUUGACUCUAGUUUUAAUGCGAAGGUUGCUGAUUUUGGACUCUCAAGACUUGCCCCAGUUCCAGAUACUGAAGGGUCUGUGCCAGCCCAUGUUUCUACAGUUGUAAAGGGCACUCCAGGUUACCUUGACCCGGAAUAUUUUCUAACACAUAAAUUGACAGACAAGAGUGAUGUCUAUAGCCUUGGUGUUGUAUUUCUGGAGUUGUUGACUGGGAUGCAACCAAUCUCACAUGGGAAGAACAUUGUUCGGGAGGUCAAUGUUUCAUAUCAAUCUGGUAUGAUAUUCUCAGUCAUCGAUGGACGAAUGGGUUCUUAUCCUUCUGACUGUGUGGAGAAGUUUUUGAAUUUGGCCAUCAAGUGCUGUCAGGAAGAGACAGAUUUGAGACCUUCAAUAGUUGAUGUGGUCCGAGAACUCGAAAGUAUCUGGCUUAUGAUGCCAGAAUCUGAUACUAAAAUAAAAGAUACAAUGAGCACUGAUGAUGAAAAGACAGUGACUUCAUCACCUUCAUCGUCGAUGAUGAAGCAUCCGUACGUUUCAUCAGAUGUUUCCGGCAGCAACCUUGUUAGCGGAGUUGUUCCUAGCAUCACUCCAAGAUGAAUGAAAACAUGGAAGAUAUUCAUUACAACUCACUCUGAAGUUGUUAUAGUUCUUAAGGUGAGUUUGAUAUAUGCUGGAGUGGAAAGGAAUGUAAUGUACGACUAAAAAUGCAUUUGAUUACAUUAGUUCGAUUCUAUUAUGGCAUUUUCCGACAUAGCUUUAGAAUUUAGAGAGGGAUAUCUUAUCAACGAUUUUUGUUCAAAAUCUCUGUAUAUAAAGUCUUAGCAGUAGCAGACUUUGUUUUGUAAAAGUUGUAAGUUGACUUUCUUACUUGUAUAUGAUAUUGCUGUAAUAUAAUAUCACUUCCAUAAUCUAUGUGAUAUUGCUGUAUAUAAAGUUGUGUU